UUUGGAAGGGAAGAACAUGCUGUAAGCGAGAGGCCAUUUUUCUAUUCGUUGAAUGUUUUAGUCCAAAUUAGAGCUUGAUUCCCCAACGAUGAAUGCUCCGGAGUCAUUUGAACCAUUUCUAUUGCUUGAUGGAGAUAAAAAGAUAACUAUCACUAAGGACACUAAAGUUCCAAAUGCUGCCCACUUUGUUGUAAAUAAAGAAGAUCACACAUUAGGAAACCUUCUUCGAGCGCAACUGCUGCGAGAUCCACAGGUAAUAUUUGCUGGAUAUAAAGUCCCUCAUCCCCUUGAGCAUAAGUUUGUUCUUCGAGUGCAAACUACGCCAGACUACAGUCCUCAAGAAGCAUUCACCAAUGCUAUCACAGACCUUAUCAGUGAAGUGUCUCUUUUAGAAGAAAGAUUCAAGUCAUCAGUCAAAGAUAAGCAAGAAGGCAUAGAGUGAAUUGAAAAAUCUUUACAAGGAAGUUGGAAUAUAUUUUCAAACAGGGAUGCAGUUGGACCUGAGCUUUGUAUUAAUAUCAGUACAAGUGGUGUGACUCCAGAAGCCCUUGUGGAACAUUGUUGUCUUGUAGGGAACUUGUUUAUAGUGACUUUGAUGAUGGCUACAGACUAAUAACUUCUAAAAGAUCUGUUCUAGUAUUCAACAUAUUUUCCUUGAUCUUGUUAGUUUCUUUUUUUCGUACUAGGAUAAUAUUUCAAAAAUAUAGGUGAUGUAUAUAUAUCAUACCAUCGUUAAUUGGCUGGAGAAUUUUUCUUGAGAAGUGAUACUGAAGUUUCUCUCAGCUAUAGGGUCAAUGAAAAAUAUUCCAAACUCAGCAAAGCAUAAUAUAGCAAUAAGCAUUAUACUUUUCCUUAACAAGGAGAAUGAAUGACAGAAAAAUAAUUUUCAGAUAACAAUAUAAGGUCAUGGACAGAUGUUAUAGGGUAAAGUUAUUUCAAAAUAUUUUAAAUAACUCUAUUUAGGACUAAA